AUGUGUGGUGAAACCAACCGGCCUACCUUUGGAGGCACCAUCGCCGUGCUCUUCCCACGCGACAACAAUCUUUCUUCAGAGCGAUCGCUUUCUUCCUCCCCAGACUCAAUCACCUCACAAUCUACAUCGUCGUCAACAUCUUCUCUAUCCUCCUAUUCACUCUUUUUCCGCGAUACGAACGACCAAAAAACCAAGGCUAUCUUCCAAAUCGACGACCCAGAGACCUACCAAACAUUAAAGGGUCUUGGAAAUGUAGAUAUGCGCAUAGAGAAAUAUGGGGAUCUCUCGACUUCAUUUCCCCCCACAGCCCCUCUCCACCAGUUCCGAUUAGAUUUGUCCCAGAACAAAUGUCUGAAACCUGGAUUUCGCCAGACAGAGAUGGAAUUUGAGCUACCCGAGCGGCUGGACCUGGGUGUCUCCGAGAAUGGUGUCGUGGGUAGACAAGUCACCCUUCGCGAAGCCGAGGGAGCAGUCCUCGGUGUAGGCAUCGUGGGGUUCAAUUAA